AUGGUUGCUACAUUGCUGCUCAGUGCGAUCAGCAUCAGUGCGAGUGCACAGCUGAACAGAUCAGCGAGCGAUAACAACCCAUACUCUGUGACUGGGCCUCCGCGGAUCGUUCGCCCCCUCUCAGACACUCAGAGGAUAGAAUUCUACGCCUAUGAGACUAUCAAAUCACCGCCCGCUGCAAGCUUUUACAAUGCUCUACUCACAGCUUCUGUGAAGACAACACAAGAGAUGUUUUCCCGUAUGAGGGCACCUAGAUUGGACGUGCCCAUUCCAGAAAGGCGACUCGAAUUCUUGGACUACUCUGUAUGGCUCAGUUUCGACAAUGUCUCAGCGCAAUUGAACUACGGCACCCUUCUUCUGAGUCUAAAGGAGAUUGGUAUCUUUUUUAAUGAAAAAGAGACGUACAAAAUCCAUUUCGAUGUCUUCGACAGCAGGACCGGCUUGAACAUAGUUUUUGGUUGGACUGACAAUAAUCCAAUUGCUGCAACAGACAUUCAAGGCAUGCGCAACAGCACAAGCAGUAGUGCAGCUAUGAGCAAGAGCAUCGCCGAACAUGACCGCUCAAUCCUUUCAAAACCCAUUUCUGCACUAGUGGCAGACGUACAUUCAGAUAAGGUAGCGCCAAUUGAUAUAUUACGGUGCUAUGGCAAGGUUGCACUUCAAGCGCACAAGAAGACCAACUGUCUUACAGAGAUUUUGCUUCCUGAAGCCGAGAAUUGGGCAACGGGAGAAGGUAUUAACCUGAAAGGCCCCUUGGCCGGAAUACCGAUAAGCUUGAAGGACACUGUAGCGGUUGGCGGGUUCGAUGCUAGCGUGGGAUAUUCGCGAGAAUGCGGAAAGCCAUUUGAUAGUGAUGGAACGAUGGUGAAGAUCCUGAAGGCUGCUGGUGCCAUUCCCUACGUGAAGACAAAUUUGCCGAUUUCGCUCCUUUCAUUCGAGUCGACCAACGAUGUUUGGGGUCGUUGUACCAAUCCACAUAAUACCGACUACUCUCCUGGGGGGAGCACUGGAGGAGAAUCUGCGCUGCUUGCAUAUGGUGGUGGACGCAUUGGGAUUGGCUCCGACGUUGCAGGCAGCGUUCGCGCUCCAGCGCAUUUUGCAGGAAUAUACUCACUGAGAUGCAGUACAGGGCGGUGGCCGAAAAUGGGCAUGAAGACGAGCAUGCCAGGGCAGGAAGGUAUUCCAAGUGUAUCCAGUCCCAUGGCACGCACGCUAGAUGACCUCGUGUAUUUCACGAGAAGUUGGCGGGAUUCGAUGGUAAAGGAAGUGAAGAAUGUAGAGAAAUUCAAGAUCGGUGUUUUACAAACGGACGGUGUCGUCGAUCCAUCCCCUGCUUGCUCGCGCGCUUUGAAUCAAGUUGUGUCAAGCUUAGCACAAGAAGGUCACCAUUGUACAAAUAUUGAUCCACCUUCGCCUUAUCUUGGGUUGCAAAUCGCUUCAAUGCUGCUGAAUUCUGACGGCUGUCGCACAUUCAUGUCGCUGUUUCGUACGGGAGAAAACAAUGAUUCCGGUGCUCGACAGAUGUUGUCGUACAUGCGGCUUCCAAGGCCUCUGAAGUACCUGUACUAUCUCUGGAUGAAAUUCGUCCGUCGUGACAGGAUAUGGGCUAAUCUGCUCGCUGGUUGGACUGAAAAAAGUAGCUUCGAGCAGUGGAGGUUGGUUGCAAAAAGGGAGGCGUACAAAGCUGAUUGGCACGAGUGGUGGAAUCGUGAAGGUUUUGAUUUCCUUCUCACGCCAAUACAUGCCACACCUGCUGUCCCACAUGGAGGGAUGAAGGAAGCCGUAAGCAGCUGUGGCUACACUUUCCUCUUCAAUCUUCUUGAUUACACCUGUGGCGUGAUACCAAUCACAAAGGUCGAUAGAACCCUAGACCGGCUGCCUGAUAAUUUUCAAACGAGCAGACUGAACGGUGUGGCCAGAGGAGCUUACAAGCACUACGACGCAGACAAGAUGCAUGGUUUGCCCAUUGCAGUUCAAAUCGUCGGACGACGCUUAGAGGAAGAGAAAGUUUUGACAAUUAUGGAACAGGUUGAGCAAGUCAUGAAGGAGACUGGAAACGUGUAUACCCCUUUGGAUAUCGAAGUAUAA